AGAACACAACACAGUCGAAUUGUUGCGUUGGGUAAAAGCGGAUGUCUGAGGGAUGCCACAAUCCGCUAUCUAUAUGUUAUUGUAUUGGUUUUAGAUCCAUAUCUUUUCUGGAUAACAUGGCUUACGAGUCUUCUCACAUUGCAUGUCGCGAGUAAGCCUGCUACUGUUCCCUGUAACCUAGAUACGGCAAUGAUUUGUAUCUUUGGAAGACUAAGAACAGAGAGGUAAACAUCUCGACCAAAAAGACUUGAAUCCGCCGGGGUGUGAUGGAGAAGGAGAGGAAGGCAGGGUAUUUUGCCAGGUUGAAGAGGAAGAAGCAGACCAAACAAGGCCAUUCACAGUCAAUGGCAGUGGGUCAGAGCCACUCAAAACCAUCACAAACAGGUCUCCCAAACACCGCCCAAGAUCAGGAGAAGAGAGCGCCCUCUGCAGUUGUCGGCUUGAACACCCCUAGACCAGCGAUCACAUCUGCAGACCUCCAGGGCAAGUCCCAGGAUGAGGGCUGCCCCAGUAGUCCUGUCCUGGACAAUCCAGAUGACAUUGCAAGCUCGAAAUGCCAGAUGAAGAGGGGCAGGAGGAAACCCCCGGGAACGGUUGAAUAUGCGGUGGGGCCCCUGGACACUCUGAACAGCAUCGCGCUGAACUUCAACGUCACCCCGAACAAACUAGUGCAGCUGAACCGUCUCUUCUCCCGCAGUGUGGUCGCAGGGCAGAUUUUGUUUGUCCCCGAUGUUGGCCCAUCAGCACCAGGCCUUGAUAGCGCCGAGCCCAAAACCUCCUCAGAACAGGGUCACAGCAAGCUGCUGGAUAACCCGCUAUGCGGGGAGGUGAAGCCUCUCCACAGGAUGCUCUCCCCAGCGUCGGAAGACGAGGAGCCGGUCACAGUCAAAUUCCUGAAGAUGAGCUGCAGAUACUUCACGGAUGGCAUGGGUGUGGUUGGUGGAGUGAUGAUUGUGACACCCAACAACAUCAUGUUUGACCCACACAAGUCGGACCCCCUAGUGAUCGAGCACGGGUGCGAGGAGUACGGACUCAUAUGCCCCAUGGAAGAAGUGUUGUCCAUCGCACUGUAUGAUGACAUCUCCCGCAUGGAGCUGAAGGACGCGCUGCCAUCAGACCUACCACAGGGUCUGUGUCCCCUGUACAGGCCUGGGACUUGGGGCGACAUGCCCUCAGAGCGAGACCUCAACCCCUUCAGCCGCUUCCAGAGCCCAAACCGGGACAAGCGGCCCAUCGUCCUGGACCACAUCGACGCCAUCGUGACGGAAACGGGCGACCGCGAGGUAGCCGAGAACUCCUCACCAGACGAGGGCUUCACCGAGCUGGAGCCGGAGUCUGGAAGCAACAUGGGGGUAAGCGUGGAGGAGCCUGAGGAGAGCCCUGCACCACAGGGAGGGAAGGAAUCCCAGCCACUAGCAGACCCAAACCAGCCAGAGACGGUGGAGGAGGAGAUGGAGAAGGUACCUGGACAGAACACCCCUGCUGAUAAGAACGUAUCACCAAGCGGGUUUGCUCUUGGGGAAAAUGUCACAGGAACUAAGCAUCCUGGGAAAUGUAACAAAGAAGCAGACCAACCCAAAGACACAGACUCUACAGGGACAGAGAAGCUGCUGAAUGGAGGUACUGAGUGUGCAGAGGCAACAGGAUGCCAGACGGAGUUGAGCCUCAAUGAACAUGCAGCGGAUUCUGGGAAAUGUAGUCCACCGAGACCAAACCAAGCCAUCGAGGAGAUGAACUCUUGGCUGAGGGAGAGGAUGCAGGCACCAAUUGAAGAUAUGCUCCUGAAUAAGGAGGACAAGAGCAAGACUCCGCCGAUGUUCCUGUGCUUCAAGGUUGGCAAGCCUAUGAGGAAGUCCUUUGCCAUUGGCCGAAUGUCAAGCCCCACCCACCAAUAUGGUAGGAGCAGAAAGCAGCCAGAGUAUUGGUUUGCUGUCCCUCAGGAAAGGGUGGACCAACUAUACAACUUCUUCGUCCAGUGGUCUCCAGAUGUGUACGGGAAGGACUCUAGAGAGGCUGGGUUUGUGGUGGUGGAGAAGGAGGAGCUGGACAUGAUUGACAACUUCUUCAGUGACCCCACCCCCAAAGGCUGGGAGAUCAUCACGGUGAACGAGGCGAAGCGGCGUCAGAGCCUGGGGAGCUUUGAGGACGAGGAGCCGCUGGACCUGCUGCCCGUGCUGACCGAUGACAGCCUGCUGCUUCAAGCGGCCCAGAUUGAGAAGCUGGCCUAUCACUUGCCAGCACGCACUCAAGGGUAUCCAUGGCAACUAAUGUACAGCACAGCAGUGCAUGGAACAAGCCUGAAGACACUGUACAGGAACCUGGCUGACCUGGACUGCCCUGUACUGCUUGUCCUUAAGGACAUGGACAACCAGGUUUUUGGGGCAUUCUCGACACACCCGUUCAGAGUCAGUGAGCACUGCUAUGGCACAGGGGAGACCUUCCUGUUCAGCUUCAGCCCAGAGAUUAAGGUCUUCCAAUGGACCGGGGAAAACUCCUACUUCGUGAAGGGAAACACAGAUUCUCUACAGCUGGGAGGAGGGGGGGGUCACUUUGGCUUGUGGUUGGACGCUGACCUGUAUCACGGUUCCAGCUCCACCUGCUCCACCUUCCGCAACCAGCCUCUCUCUGCCGAACAGGACUUCACUGUGCAGGACCUUGAGGUCUGGGCCUUCCAGUAAAUGCCUUUAGUUCUGGGCUAAGACUGUUUCCAGUAAUCCCCACUCACACACACGAAAAGUCCACUUGCUUCUUGUCUAUACCGGUGUCCAGCUCUCGCUUAUCCCAGCAUGCAACAGACCCAAGUUCAAACCACUACAUGCAGAGCAAGGACAAGUCUACUGGAAUGUCACAUUUAAACCCAACAUGGCUUCAGACUGUGAGGAGGAAUUGUUUACAGAAUUAUAUCACAAUUAGCUAAGGGCUGCUUAAUUUCCCGGCAGGUAUAAUCAAUGUAUUCCGCAGCUGGUAAAUGUAAAAUCAGUGGUAAAUGUAAAACUGCUUCUAAAAACAAGUUUGCUCGUAAAUGUAAAAAGAAAAACAGUAAAUGCCAUUAGAAGUGGAAAAAACUGCAUAUUAAAUUAUAGUAUAUGCAUAUUGGGUCACAAAACUUAUAUUGGGUCACAUGAAAAAUGUUCAUUCUUUUGCUUUUAAGUUCCCAUGAAAAACCAAGGCAAGAUUCAUGGAACAUGCGCAGAACUUCAAUUUUGUAUGUAUCACAGGUAUAUCAGAUGAUGAAUGCCCAUUGUUCAGAAAUCGGAUGUUUGUGCCUGUUCAUGUUGAUAAGCAUAAGAAAACAUUCUGGCAAACAUAUCUGUGCAGUCUCUAUAGACGCACCCUCUCCUGAAGGCAUGAUUAACCAAGUAAUCCAAAAGCAGCAAAUACACCAUUGUUGAGCGAUUGGCUUGGCUGCACUCUUGUGGGUCUAUAUUGUGUCAUUAAUUAUCAAUCACUUUCAUAAAUAAACAAAAUUCAUUUCAUGUGUUCCCAACAUGGUUAUAAUCGAGAACUAGGAUGAAAGCUAGGUAUCAAAACAAAUAGCAACCCCACUCCUAAAACUAUGAACAAAAAUAAAAAGAUUUUAAGUCCAAAUUGAAAUGUUAACUAGGUUAUAUAUUUGAGGUUAUUUGAUCAAGUUUAAAUGAAUAGCCUGUUUAUACCUACUAUAAUUGCAUUGAUGGACCUGUUGUUUAUAUGAGGUCUGUACAUACUUUCAUUGACUUUGCAUGAAUAAAACAUUGUAAAUAGUAACCUCUUCUCCAUAUAUGCCUUUGUGCAUGAUUUCAAGUGCAUUUUGAUUGGACAAAAAUGAAACAAAUUCUGAUGAUAAAAAAUUAAAGUUUUCCUGGAAGAUCAAAUACGAUCGUAUGCAUGUUUCACGAAUAAUAUCCAUUAUACCUAUACUUUAAUUGACAUUAAUCAACAUGACCAGCAUUUUUACAUUGAAUGAAAAUGUACACUUUCCUGCCACUUGUUUUACAUUUAGGGUGAGUUUUACAUUUACAAGUUUUACAUUGUGCGAACGUACAAGCAAAUGUAAAAUUGCGGAUUUACAUUUACCAUUAAAAAUGCUUUUUAUAUUUACUGGUUUUACUUUUACAAGCAAAUAUGUUUUUACAGUGAUCAUUGUAUGUUUAUUUUUUAUGUUUUUACUGGUGAACACCAUGGCGUUGACCUGUUUGUGUCAUGGUGUUUGGAUUAUCGAAUUAAGGAACCAAAUAUUUUAUUGUUUCGCUUGUUAUGUUUAUUGCAGUUUUUUGUUAUGUUCACUAAGAUAUACAUGAAAUGUUAUACAAAGUUUUUGUUAUUUUCUUUGCAAAAAGUUAAUUUUGUUUGUCAAUUACACCACCAUAUUUUCAUGGUUCAUUCCCAAACUGAAAUCUAGGGUUGAUUAUUUUGAAUGACUUUAUUUUUAGCAUUUAUAUUUGUCAUGACUGAAAGCUUUUUUGUUUGCGUUUUUCAAAGGGGUUGUGCAAUUUAUUUUUCCACAAAAUGUAUUUUUUAUCAAUUUAGUUUUAUAUUAGCAACAGGGAUUUAAUUAACUUCAGGCCCACCCACUUUUCCCCCAUGUGUCCAAUGGUAACACCCUUCAGGAAAUUGAGGGAAACACUCUUCGGUUAAACCAUCUGAUAAUAUCUCAAUAAUGAGUUUCUGAUUUAUCAUGGAGAAUGUUCUGUUACCAGGAAUAUUCUUUGUUGUAACAAAAUGGAGAAGGCUGAACUUACUUGUGUAUGUCAUCAGUUUACAUAGGGUUUCCACAGUCUUAUCCAAGAAGGGCUAGUGUGGAUGCAGGCCUGUGUGUACCGACUCUAUUGGGAUAAAUUUAGGGAUUUGGUCACUUUCUGUAGCAUAGGUUAGUAUUGUGAUGUUACUGAAAUGUAAUUUCAGUUUACAUUAUUCCUCAUCCAAAGGGGUUGGGGGGGAUGGCAGCAUCACCAGCAUGCACACUGCCUUACACAUAUUUCAGUUAGGUAGUAUGUGAAACCCACAUACUGGCUAAAAACAAAAAACCCACCUAUAGCAUUUUCAUUUAUUUAGUCCGGUUUUUGCUAUUUUUGUGGUUUCCGAAGAGGUCAUGUAUGUGCUGUAUAUGUCUCACUUUCUUGUUGUUGCGACAACUGCCUCCCAGAAAUUCCAGAUACUGAACUGAUACGUUACUGAAGCAUAAGUUAAUUGAGAUGAAUUUGUAGACGACAUCGAGUUUUGAGAUGGGCUUGAGAUGGGCUCUAUGCGAAUGAAUGAUCCACUAAACUGUCCUACCCAAAUUCACUGCCUCAAAUACAGAUGUACAUAAAUGAGAGGAAAGUAAAGUUUUCAGUAUUAACGUCCCUCCUUGCCCUUGGAAAAUUUUUUUAAUGCUUAUGGGGGCAACUGUUCAGAUUUUUGGGCCAUAUAAGUACACAUUCCCUAAGAUACUGGGACAUUUAGAGAUUCUGUGGAAUAAAAGCACCCCCAAGGGGUCUUUGUCCCACCUCUGCUGCUAUGUCCUGUGACAACUUUUAGUUUUUGUUUGAACAUAAAACAUUCUACAGAACAGUGUAACUGCCAUCAUACCAAGAGAGAAGGGAACUUGUGCGUCACAGCAAUCUAAGAUUGAUUGACAGCAAAGCGAUGAAUGGUUUGAAUAGGACUGUCACAAUAAAUAUGUAAUUUGUCAACAAUGCAUUUGCCGACAUUUUUGACUGACCUCAAAUGGUUUAUUUUUACACUUCAGAAAUAGAUAAUGACACCAUAGUGAUAUAGGCAAUGAAGAAUCUUCUUAAGAAGAUACAUAGAUGUAUAUUGACCAAAUCAUGGACAUCCCAUUUUGUGAUCGUUGUCAAUUGCAACGGCAAAAUGGAGUACAUACCUAUAGAGAUUUACACGUUAGCUUUGUUUUAGCUAUAUUUCAACGUUAAGUAGAGCUUCAUUUUGCGUAAGUGCUGUGUGACAAAUUUGGGCUGUCAUUUACUCACCAUUGCUAGAACAUGCUAGCGUGACAAAUUAUUUCACUGAAAACAUGUUCAGUGUUUGUUUGUUCUGCUGUGUUUGGAAUUUAAGGAUCAAAAUCAGAAUUGACGCAUUUUAUUUUGCAGUAACAUGAAAUCUUGAUGAAUAUACAAAUUCAACUCAAGUUCAGCGAAUAUAUUAUAUAUAUAUAUAUAUAUAUAUAUAUAUAUAUAUAUAUUUUUUUUGGACUGAUAUCCCUAGCAUUUAGCUGUUCAUCACAAACAUUCUAUUGGCAUGUCCUGCCCAGCUCCAAUUUCUCACCAUCACCUAUAAGACCUUUUGUCAUGUUUUCAUAGUAAUUGUUAUGUCUUGUCAACUGUAUCUCGCAUCAUUACCAGUUUUAUUUUGCCUCAUAUAAAAUGCAACUUCCUCCAUCUACAAAACAUUUCCAAAUAAUGUGGAAUGUUGUCCAGACUUAAAGUGCACUGUUUUGUUCUAUAUUCCAUAUGUGUGAAGCCAAAACUUAUGUAAUCUGUGGUAUUGCUGAGACUAUAUUUGCGGUGUUGUCCAAAAUAUUUGAAUGUGAAAUAAACUGAAUUAGUGACAAAUUCUAA